AUGAAUGUCUCUAGAGUUAGGUUCAUUCAAAGGCGACUCUUUUCGACAAAUUACUUUUCAGAUGGCUCAACUCCGAAGACAUUCCAACAAUUGCAUAGCGAUCCUCAACUAAACACUUCCAGGUCCAGCUCGUCCUCAUCGUCCAAGAUAGUACCACUUCUUCGUUGGACCUGUAUGGUCCUUCUGAGUGUAACUUUAUUCGAAAACUACAAACGUACUUGGGAGCUAGAGCAAAAGCUUGAGACCCAGCAGCAGGGAUAUAAGCGGAACAUCUCUCAACUACAGGCCAACUUCAAGAGCUUCCAGAAGAAACAAUCUUCUACUUACUCCUCUUUAAAGAAGACCAAUAACGAAAGGGAGGUAAAAAUGGCAUUACACAUUGGAAUUCUUCGACAACAGCUGAUCAAAAAUGGCAUAGAACCUAGUGGCAUAGACGAGGCCUUGAGAGAAUUUGAAAACAAAGUUAGAAUCACAGUUGAUCCCUCUUUGAACUACAUUUGGUUGGAAGAUGAGUCAGCUUUAAAGCCUUACACUCCAGAUAUCCAUGAUUACGACAAAAGAAAAAAUUAA